AUGGCGGACCUCCGCACCGACGAAACAUCGCCGUUCCUUCAACGGCCCAGUGGCGCCACCGGUGAUGACCAAAGCAAUGACCAGCAACACCCCGCGGUUGCACGGAAGCUCACCCUCGUCAAUGGCUUGGCCAUCGUCAUUAGUCUACAAAUCGGCUCCGGCAUAUUCAGUGUGCCCUCACAAAUCAGUCAGUUUGUUACUGCCCCGGGGUACGGCCUGCUAGCAUGGUUAUUUGGCGGGCUUCUCGUGUGGACGGGCGCGGCAUCUUUCAUCGAACUGGGGUUGAGAAUUCCCAACAAUGGGGGCAUCCAAGAGUACCUCCGGGCGUGCUACGGCGAAUUCGCCGGGUUUCUGUUCACGUGGGUGUGGUGCAUCAUCAUCAAGCCGGCGGCGAACUCUAUGAUUGCUACUAUUUUCGCCGACUACCUCACCGAAGCUUUCGUCCCGGAUAACCAGCCACCGGAACGCUGGGUAUCAAAGUUGGUCUCGGCCGGGUGCAUUGUUACCAUGACACUCGUCAACUGUCUGGGCGCAACAGCGGGCGCGAAGGCGGCUAAUCUGUUUCUCUUUCUGAAAAUGGCUGCACUUGCAACCAUCAUUAUUCUGGGGUGCGGCGUCUGGGCGUUCGGCCAUGGAGAAGGGGUCCCGUCGUCUGAAUACGGCUGGUUCGGCCAGAGCCCCGACCGACGUCAAGUUGGGCUGUGGGAGUGGCUGGGGAACUUUGGGACGGCAACCUUUGGUGCUCUGUGGUGCUAUGCCGGCUGGGAAAUGGUCGGAUUUGUCCUGGGAGACAUGAAGAACCCGCAACGCGACCUGCCCAUAGUGAUCAAUGGCUCCAUGAUUGUUGUAAUCAUCGGCUUCAUGCUGAUGAACGCCUCUCUAUACAUUUGUCUGCCCAUGAGCGUCAUGCGGACAAGCAGCACUGUCGCAGUGGAGUUCGCGAAUCGGAUUCUCGGCAGCUGGGCUGGGCUUCUCUUUUCUUUGAUAGUCUCCAUCUCAGCAAUGGGUGCCUUGAACUCGAACGUCUUUGCUACUGCCAAGCUUGUGGUCGUUGCAAGUCAGCGAGGAUAUUUCCCUGCCGUCUUGGCCAAUCUGCAUUGCAGCAAUGAGAAGGAUGAGGCUGGCUACGUUGACAAGCAGCUUUCUGCUUUACCGAGCCUUAUUAAAGGGCCUGUAGAGGGGUUCGUAUCGUGGACACGGCAUCGGCGUUGGCGGAGGAACGUUCCUAUUUUCCCUCUGUUAUUAAACUGUGCAUUGUCGGUCAUUUAUGUCGUUGUAGGAAGUUUUAAUGGGCUUGUCACAUUCAUCGGCCUGGCAGCGUACAUGAUCUUCUUUUCGUCGGCCGUUGGACUCCUCAUCCUCCGGCGUAGAGAUACACGUGUACCGACGGCAAAAACUGCCCAGUAUAGCACUUGGCUGAUCAACCCCAUCAUUUUCAGUGCCAUUAGUGGUCUGUUGGUGGUAAGAGGAGUCAUCUCGGAUCCCCUGCAGGGAGCAGCUAUCCUCUUGGUCGCCAUAUUUGGAGUAGUCUUCUUUGCCCUCAGAUUUGGGUUACGCGGCUUCAUCCACACAGAAGCCAGAUCAGGUUAUGCCCAGCCUAGCGUCUGA